GGGUUCCUUCUGUCACUUUAGGUAUGUACCAGGCCUCUGCUGUCAGCCUCCUUCCGCGAGACAUUCCCUCCUGUCACAGCCCCUCCCCAGGGUUCUCCCACCUCCCUACCUCCUCUUCUCAGCUGGCCCCGGAUCUCCUCCAGUUCCCUUUGGGUCACGACCCGAGCUUCCUUGCCAUCCCCAUUCUGACACUCCCUCCCAGUGACAGUCUAGUCCCACCGUACAUUGUGUGGCCUUCUGCUCUCAUCUCAUUCUUGGGCUGCACUCUUACAGUCCAGUUCUCCAACGGGAAGCUACAGAGUCCAGGCAACAUGCGCUUUACCUUGUAUGAGAACAAAGAUUCCACCAACCCCAGGAAGAGGAAUCAACGGAUCCUGGCAGCUGAAACAGAUAGGCUCUCCUAUGUGGGAAACAAUUUUGGGACAGGAGCCCUCAAAUGCAACACUUUGUGCAGGCACUUUGUGGGAAUUUUGAACAAGACCUCUGGCCAAAUGGAAGUAUAUGAUGCUGAAUUGUUCAACAUGCAGCCACUAUUUUCAGAUGUAUCAGUUGAGAGUGAACUGGCGCUAGAGAGUCAGACCAAAACUUACAGAGAAAAGAUGGAUUCUUGUAUUGAAGCCUUUGGUACCACCAAACAGAAGCGAGCUCUGAACACCAGGAGAAUGAACAGAGUUGGCAAUGAAUCUUUGAAUCGUGCAGUGGCUAAAGCUGCAGAGACUAUCAUUGAUACGAAGGGUGUGACUGCUCUGGUCAGCGAUGCUAUCCACAAUGACUUGCAAGAUGACUCCCUCUACCUUCCUCCCUGCUAUGAUGAUGCAGCCAAGCCUGAAGACGUGUAUAAAUUUGAAGAUCUUCUUUCCCCUGCGGAGUAUGAAGCUCUUCAGAGCCCAUCUGAAGCUUUCAGGAACGUCACGUCAGAAGAAAUACUGAAGAUGAUUGAGGAGAACAGCCAUUGCACCUUUGUCAUAGAAGCGUUGAAGUCUUUGCCAUCAGAUGUGGAGAGCCGAGACCGCCAGGCCCGAUGCAUAUGGUUUCUGGAUACCCUCAUUAAAUUUCGAGCUCAUAGGGUAGUUAAGCGGAAAAGUGCUCUGGGACCUGGAGUUCCCCACAUCAUCAACACCAAACUGCUGAAGCACUUUACCUGCUUGACCUACAACAAUGGCAGAUUACGGAACUUAAUUUCGGAUUCUAUGAAGGCGAAGAUUACUGCAUAUGUGAUCAUACUUGCCUUGCACAUACAUGACUUCCAAAUUGACCUGACAAUGUUACAGAGGGACUUGAAGCUCAGUGAGAAAAGGAUGAUGGAGAUAGCCAAAGCCAUGAGGCUGAAGAUCUCCAAAAGAAGGGUGUCUGUGGCCGCCGGCAGUGAAGAAGAUCACAAACUGGGCACCCUGUCCCUCCCGCUGCCUCCAGCCCAGACCUCAGACCGCCUGGCAAAGCGGAGGAAGAUUACCUAGACGCAUGCUUUCCAGACAGGGCGUUUUGGCUGCAUCACAGCCACUGGCUGGUCCUAUUCAUUUCCAUUUUUAUGUAUGUUUUGAAAAGAAAAGGUCCGGGGAUGGUGGCUCACACCUGAAAUCCCAGCACUUUGGGAGGCCGAGGCAGGAAGAUCAUUGAGCUCAGGAGUUUGAAACCAGUCUGGGCAACAUAGGGAGACCCCAUCUCUACCGGAGAGAAAAAAAAAGAGUCAGGCCUGGUGGUGUGCGCCUGUAAUCCCAGCUACUCGGGAGGCUGAGGCAGGACGAUUACUUGAGCUUGGGAAAUCAAGGUUGCAGUGAGCUAUGAUUGUGUGGCCACACUCCAUCCUGGGUCACAGAGUGAGACCUUGUCUCAAAAAAGUAACAUAAGGAAAAAAGAAGCCUUGCUUUAGCACAGGUAUGAAGCCAGAAGCCAGCAUCUCAACUGUGCUUGUCUUAUGCAGAAAUAUAAAGCGAUGGCCAGGUUGGACUUCA